AUGGCAGAAUUCAGCAACGUCUGUUCAGUGACUGAAAUGCCAGGAGAUGACGAGGCUAAACGCAGUUUCCAUCACCGAAUGUUCUUGGAACCCCAAGAGAAGAAGAGGAGCGUGAAGUCUCUGGUGGUUAAGCAAGCAAAGAAAACUUGCAGCUGCACUCCAGCCAAAGUUAAAGACUGUGUUUUUAGUUUCUUUCCUGUCUUGCAGUGGCUUCCUAAAUACAAACUAAGAGAGUACCUACUGGGAGACAUAAUGUCUGGUGUGAUUGUGGGGGUCUUACUAGUUCCACAGUCAAUUGCCUAUUCUCUCUUGGCUGGACAGGAGCCUAUUUAUGGCCUUUAUACAUCUUUUUUCGCUAGCAUUAUUUAUUUCAUAUUUGGAACCUCCCGCCACAUCUCAGUUGGCAUCUUCGGUGUGAUUUGCCUGAUGGUGGGACAAGUGGUAGAUCGUGAAAUACAGAGAGCUGGCUACGACAUAGAGCCAGCUGUGCCCAGCAUCCUCACAGAUACAGCAGUGUAUGUAAACACCACCCUUUCGCCUGUGAAUCAGACAUCGCAGAAGCUGCUCUGUGAUAAAAGCUGCUAUGCAAUUACAGUGGGAGCCACCAUGACCUUCAUAGCUGGAGUUUAUCAGGUUGCCAUGGGUUUCUUUCAAGUGGGCUUUGUCUCAGUGUACCUCUCCGAUUCAUUGCUGAGUGGAUUUGUCACGGGUGCCUCCUUUACCAUCCUAACCUCACAAGCCAAGUAUCUCCUGGGCCUAGACAUUCCACGGAGCAGUGGCAUCGGCUCCCUCAUAGUCACGUGGACAAACAUCUUCAGAAACAUACACAAAACCAACAUCUGCGAUCUCAUCACCAGCUUCUUGUGCUUUCUUGUACUUAUCCCAACCAAAGAGCUUAAUGAACAUUUCAAAUCCAGGCUCAAGGCUCCAAUACCAGUUGAACUAGUCGUGAUUGUGGCAGCUACUUUGGCAUCUCACUUUGGGAAGCUGAGAGAGACUUAUGGCUCGAGUGUUGCUGGACACAUCCCAACUGGGUUUCUGCCACCUCGCCCUCCAGACUGGAACCUGAUUCCUAAUGUGGCUUUGGAUGCUAUCCCCAUAGCUAUUAUAGGCUUUGCCAUCACUGUCUCCCUCUCAGAGAUGUUUGCCAAGAAGCAUGGUUACUCCGUGAAGGCCAACCAGGAAAUGUAUGCCAUUGGCUUCUGCAACAUCAUUCCCUCUUUCUUCCAUUGCUUCACAACAAGCGCAGCUCUUGCCAAGACUCUUGUCAAAGAGUCCACAGGCUGUAAGACACAAAUGUCUGGCAUGGUGACUAGUUUGGUAAUCCUAUUAGUCCUCCUUGUGAUUGCACCUUUAUUUUAUUCCCUUCAGAAAUGUGUCCUUGCUGUCAUAACCAUUGUAAACCUCAGAGGAGCCCUGCGGAAGUUCAAGGACCUGCCAAAAAUGUGGCAUUUGAGCAGAGUGGACACAGUGAUCUGGCUGGUUACUAUGGCAGCCUCAGCACUCAUCAGUACCGAGAUUGGUCUUCUGGUUGGUGUUUGCUUCUCUAUGCUCUGUGUCAUCUUCCGAACUCAGAGACCAGAGGCACCGCUGCUUGGCUGGGUAGCAGAGUCUGAGACAUAUGAAUCCCUGUCUGCUUACAAGAACUUGCAAACCAAGCCAGGAGUUGUGGUGUUCCGUUUUGAAGCACCCCUCUACUACAUCAACAAAGAGUGCUUUAAAUCCACCCUGUACAAGCAAACUGGCGUCAACCCUGUCUGGGUCAAGGCAGCAAAGAAAAAGGCAGCAAAAAGAAUGCUUAGGGAGAAAGAGGUGGAUUCUGGUGGCAACCAGACCAGCAUCUCCAUGGAUUUUGUCUCUGAACCUCUAGAUUUUCACACAAUAGUGAUUGACUGUUGUGCAGUACAGUUUCUGGACACGGCAGGAAUACGCACGCUCAAAGAGGUCUGCAAGGACUACAGGGAGAUAGAUGUCCAGGUGCUGCUGGCCCAGUGUAAUCCUUCGGUGAGGAGUUCCCUGAUCCGAGGAGAAUUCUUCAAAGAGGGGGAGGACCACCUUCUCUUCCACAGCGUGCACCAGGCUGUGGACUUUGCGUUGGGUGCACAGGGGCACAGCGGGACCAGCGCUUCUAAGAACUAG